GAUUUAAAGUGUGGUGGCGAGCGCCUCGAAUACGCCUGUUGGCGGCCUGGUAGAACCAUCGCUCGCUCUCUCGUUCCCGAUAAAUUGUCCAGCGGAGCUCCGAUAGAGGUUUUGUUCUCCUUUUCUCGUUCCCUGUUCGUCUUCCUCAGUGUCUCGGCGGCCGGGCGGAGAGAGAGAGAGAGAGAGGAGACUGCUGGGAGCUAGGGUUAGGGUUGCUGGUUAUGGGAUUUGAGCGAUGGCGGCGGGGAAGCCAUCGGUGAAGCUCUGCAAGGGCAUCAACGGCCUCGACAAGGUCUUGCUGAGGGAGGCCAGGGGGAGUUCGGCCGAGGUGUAUUUGUAUGGAGGUCAAGUAACAUCUUGGAAAAAUAUCCAUGGUGAGGAGAUGCUUUUUGUCAGCAGCAAGGCUUUUUUCAAGCCUCCAAAGGCAAUACGUGGGGGCAUCCCAAUAUGCUUUCCUCAAUUUGGGAACCAUGGAAUUCUUGAACAGCAUGGCUUUGCCAGGAACAGGGUUUGGAGGAUCGACACUAACCCGCCAGCUUUUCCAGCAAACAGUGCCAGUAAUACUUUCAUUGAUUUAAUCCUCAAACCAUCUGAAGAAGACUUCAAGAUCUGGCCUCACAGUUAUGAAUUUCGUCUAAGAGUUGCUCUGGCACCUGGAGGAGAUUUGAUGCUGACAUCGCGCAUAAGAAACACCAAUACCGAUGGAAAACCAUUCUCAUUUACAUUUGCAUAUCACACAUACUUUUCUGUCUCUGACAUCAGUGAAGUGCGGGUAGAAGGAUUGGAGACAAUGGAUUACCUUGACAACUUGAAGGAAAGGGAGCGCUUCACAGAACAAGGAGAUGCAAUUACAUUUGAGUCUGAAGUGCAUAAGAUAUAUUUAAGCACGCCAACCAAGAUCGCAAUUCUGGAUCAUGAAAAGAAAAGGACAUUUGUUUUGCGAAAAGAUGGCCUGCCAGAUGCAGUGGUAUGGAAUCCUUGGGACAGGAAAGCCAAAGCCCUGGCAGAUUUUGGGGAUGAUGAGUACAAAUAUAUGCUAUGCGUGGAGGCCGCAUCCAUCGAGAAGCCCAUCACUCUGAAGCCUGGUGAGGAAUGGAAAGGAAGGCUAGAGCUCUCUGCUGUUCCUUCCAGUUACUGUAGCGGGCAGUUGGAUCCUCAAAAGGUUCUUCAAGGUUGAGCGGCUGCCUCACUGUGUACAUCCUAUAUAGGUAAUUGUUCCAUAUCCCAGUCGUGGAGUACUUUAAAAUUAUUGUAUUUCAAGACUGGUUCAUUGGCAGUCCAACUUCCAGUGCACCAAGUCAUAAAUUGUCAAGAUAACAGAACAUUUGACAAGUAAAGGAUGCGGUUGACUGUGCCAUUAGACCAGCGUUUGAGCAGAUCUUUUCAUGAACCUGCCUGUAUCGAUUAGGCUUUUGGAUUCUAAACCUUACAUGUGGACUCACAUGUUUUUGUAACUAUCACAUUGCUGUAUGUACUUCUAUAAGUGAAUAAUGAAAUGGCUCCAUCAAUCAUAGAACCAAUGUGAAAGGGCAGUUUUAAUUUUAA